AUUCUGUACAAUGAGUACUUAAGAAUGCAAGACUUCCAUGUUACAGAGUAUUUUUACACUGAGAUAUUGGUACUUUUAGAGCCCAGUAUUUCCUCCAGUGUCACCAUCUUUGGUUUCAGAUUUCUCUGUUGUCAUAAUUCCUUCGCCAAGGUCAGCGGCUGCAGAAUGUUUACCCUUUGCACCCAACUAUGAGGCGAGAGGCGUUUGGAGUGGGUGUGCCCUGCGAUGAUGUUCUCACAAAGUCCACACUGUCCAGACAGUCCUGUGCACACCUAGUCCCCACCCCUUCUCUCCCCAGCCUCGGUUGCCAACCUCUCCCCCCCUCCUGUGCUCCCCUGUACUCUCUGUUCGUCUCCCAGGGUCAGUCACUCGUUUGAAGUUCCCACUCGAGGAGUUUUGGAGAACCUUUGCUCUGUCUGACGUCCAUCCUUCACAGCCGUCAUGGUUCACAGCAGCAGUACCUGCAGAUUCCUCCUCCUGGUGCUCCUAGGCCUCAUGGUAGCCUUUGUACACACAGAGACAGUUGCAGACCCUGCUUCAACAACCAGGGACAACCAGGACACCAUGUCUGGAGAGCCACCAAGUGACAUUACCACCAAAGACCCUUUCCAAGACUCGACGGAGCAGCCCUUUACCUUUGACUACGAGGACUCCACACGCUCCCAGGCCAUGGAUGAAGAAGAAGGGGUGCUGGGUCCGGGGGCCAUCACAGCCAUUGUUAUAGCGGUCUUCCUGGGAGCAUCUGUCCUCCUCGCCCUCAUCGUCAUCACACUCAGGAAGUUCACCGCCUCCUAGAGCGAAUACGCCUCAUCUUGGUGUGUAUGGAUGUGUUUUUGUGUGCAUGUGUUGGUAUGUCAUGAGUGUGUCAACAUUUCUCUUUUGUCUGAUGUCGAUCUCUCAACUUUUAACUCGCUCCUUGUCUUUCUUUCAAAGAAUAGUUUGUAUCUUUUGCUUCACUGCAGAUGCUAAGAAAUUGUGGCAGGUCCCUUGACUGACUUAUUACAGAUGUACUCCUGUUAACACACUCCUAAUUGUUGCUUAACAUGUCUGCUCAUUACAUGUCGUGUAAUGUUCCAAACUGGCUGGCUCUUCCAGUGGAAAUCAUAGCAUGUCAAUGUCAUUUUAAUUUUGUUCAGCAUUUUUCAGGGGGGGGGGGCUUUUCAGGGGGUUUUUAAUGUUUGCAAGCUGUUCAUUUCCAUAUCAUCUUUUUCUUGUCUUGACAAACUGAUGUGAAGCAUCCAGCGUGUGUUUGCUUUUAUUUGUACAUGGAGUGCGAAUGCUUUUGUCUCACUUUCUCCUAGUCAGUAAGAAAGAUGUCUGAGAUUAAUGUGCCUACACAUCAGGUUUUUAUUAGUCUUUCACAAUGAUUUUACCAUGUGCCAAAAGUUUUAAAAUGUUCCUUUUGUGUCACCCAUGUCUUGAAGUUUGUAUUGCAACAUUUGCAAACAUUUGUAGAGUCAAAAUAAGAGUAAAACAUUUUAAAAAGUCUUCUUCAGUGAAUGUAAACAGGGUAGUUGUCAGUUGUUCCUGCAGAGCAAACAUAAAAUAUAAAGUUAGAGCAUGGAUGAAUGUGUGCAUGCACUCAAACGAGUGUUUGUAAUUUUUUUUUUCUUGUUGUUGUUGUUUUAUUUGCUGUGUGUGUGUCCUCAAUACUCACAGCUGGUUGCUGCCAUGGUAAUGUCACUGCCAAAUUAUUUUGUUCAAGAUUCAAGUUGAAUAAAUGAAUACAAUAAAUUACAUGCCAAAUG